UUGCAUUCCUUUCUCUGCAAAACAUCUGCAAAAAGCUUUAUUGUGCGUUUCCUGUGUGUAAACUACGGUAACAACUGGGGAUCUCUACAUCAAAUCUUUCGAAACCGAAAUCAGGUAAUGUAUACGAAUUUUUGAUUUUAAGUUAAUCGAAGUGUCUCUCUCCUUUCUCCCUUCCUGUGAUUGAUUUAGAGUCCUUUGAAGGAAGUUAGGGUUAGAGGCGAGAAGGAUUUUGAAUGUGCAACAAAGGGGUUUUUUUUUUUUUUUAUGUGGGAUCCUGAUUUAUUCCUCCCCACUACUUCGUGCAGAGUUUGAGAAAAUGUCCUCAGAAGGAACAGAAAGUGUAGUUGGGAGUGAGGUGAUGCCCCUGGACUAUGGGAACAUGGACGCAGAGAGUAGUCUAUCUCCAUCUAGUUCGGAGAAAAUAGUAGAGGGGGUGAGAGGAGAUGAGGUGGUGGAGGUUGGGGAGAGAGAGGUGGUAGAGGUGGGGAGGAAUGAGGUGGUAGGGGUUAGGGUAGAUAGCAUACCCAUCACCGUAGUAGAAGUAGAGGGUAGAGGAGAGAGGAAUUAUGAUGUGAAUGCAGAGAUAGUGGAGGAGGUGAAGCAGUACAGAUCUGAGCUAAGGACCAGGGAUAGCCUGGGUCACUUAGUAGAAAAUUACGAGAUCUCAUCUCGAGUGUUAGUUAGGCCAGCUGGGGUAGAGGAGAGGGCGUGCUCUGCUCCUCGGGAUCACUGGUUGCCUGUGUAUUCCCACUAUUUGAUAGCGGGACUCAGGUUUCCACUUCCUGAGUUGCUAGUGGGUUUAUUGUUAGAUUACAACAUAGGGUUGACACAGUUGGUCCCCAACGCAAUGAGGGGGGGUAGUAAGAGAGAUAAGGGGUGGUAUUAUUUCACCCCAAGGGUAGCUAGUAAGGAGAGUAGGUCAUUGUUUACGGCAGGUCCUUCAUCCAUUAAAGGAUGGAAGGAGAAAUUCUUUUUCGUAGAUGAUACGGAGUGGGGAAAAGGGGAUGCUGAGGUGAGGGAGUUAGCCUCUUGGAAGGCCAAAAGGGCCAACCAGAAUAGCGCACAAUGCAUAGAAGCUGCCGAGCUCUAUGGGCCAAGCGCUUUGAGUGAAGCUGAAAUGGACCAGUUCUUGAACACUGUUGGAGGAGCGGCCAUCCCCAAGAAGCCAAGGAAGAAGUCAAAGACUUCAACCAAACAAGUGGAUGAGGGGAGGACCAGGAAAGAGGCAAUGCUUGCGGCUUCAACUGAGACGGAGGAGGAGGUGCCACAGCUGAAGAGGAAAGGCUGGGAGGAGAGAAGGGCACUGCAGAAGAAGCAGAGGGUGGUGGAGGAAGAGACGGGGAAUGAGGUCCCUGUGUUCGUACCUCAGCCUUCUCCUGUUGAGCUGGACCCUGAGCUCAGACAGUUGGAGGAGGGGGCUAAGGUACGAGCUCCUGGUAAGGGAAAGGGCCUUAUUCCCCCACUAGGGCCUCAGAGCAGCCUGUUCGAGGCAAAGAACAUAACGGGGGCUAGGUGGUUCAUCAACAACACCUUCCCCGAGGUGGACCAAAGCAACGCGCGGGAGGAAGCUCUGAGGUAUAGUGGGGCAUCUGUUGUGAAGCACGAUCUAGAGAGCGCGAGCUGGGUGAAUGGUCUAGCCCAGGAAUUUAGGGAGAGCCUGAAAGAUCGCACACUCUUGCAGAGGCAGCGGGACCAACUGCAGAAGGAGAAGGAGGAGUUGGAGAAGAAAAAUAAGGAGCUGCAAGAGUCUCUGAACGAGGUGGUUCCAACCGUCUCACAGUUGGAGCAGGAGAGGGCAUCCCUGAGCACCAAGCUCACUUUUGAGGAGAGCAAACGGAGGAUCGCUGAAAGCGAGCGUGAGGCUCAGGCGCAAGAAAUGAAGCUGAUGACGGAGGCAUUCAAGGAGCUGAAGGGGAACAUGCGGAAGGGGAACAUGCGGAAGUUGGUGCAUAAUGGGAUGAAGGAGCACAUCAGCAACUUCAUCAGUUCUAGCUCCUUUGAUAGCAUCGUCAACUUGUACUGGCUGCCCACUGCCAUCAUCGCUUUCACAGACUGCAGAAAGAAGGUGAAGGCUGAAUAUCCCGAAGUGGAUGUGACAAAGAUCACCUUCAGCGAGCAAGAAGGAGGAGUGGAGGAGGAUGGCGAGAGCAUGUCAGCAGAAUUCCGUCCUCAGAUUAAGCUGUGGUGGGAGGAUGAUGCAGACGGUCUUGCUGUUUUUCCUCCACAGUUCGACUUCGAGUUCGUUGCAGUGGAGGAAGGAGGGGCAGAAGUAGAGGAGGACGAGAUGGAGGCAGGAGUGGAGGGAACUGAAGUGGGUGAGGUCCAACUAGUUCCAGAAGUGGAGAUUCAUCCAGUUCCUUCUGACGAUGAGCAGCCUCCUCUGCCGGACGAGCAGCAGCCAACUCAGCCACCUCCUUCAGCUAAGCAGGAGCCAGUGGAGCCACCUCUCCCAUCAAGGAAAUAAUUUUGUUUUUUGAUUUUUUGUAAAGACAGUAAAACAGUUUGUAAUAUUUAUGUUAUUCUGAAUGAAAAUUCAUUUUUGAAAUUAUGUGUUUAUUUAUGUUUGGCUGCUUAUUAUUAUAUAUUGAUAGAAGAACUGUGACUACUUUAAAAAAGAAAGUUAAUAAAAAGAAGUUAAUCAC